AUGCGCUACCUUAAGAGUUUGGAGGCCAUCGCUCGAUGCAGGACCAUCCCACUAAGUUGUGAGAAGGCCGAAUUAACCGCAGUUGUCCCACGGAAAAAGGCUUUACUGCCACUGGCACCCAUUGUUAAGUCUUCGCAUGACUUACUGCAAACACUCCCCAGGUCUCCAUUCAUAUCGUGUAAAUGCAGUUUAUCUGCUCCAAUGCAGAUUAGAUUUGCCCACACGGAUGUUACAAAUGUUCCUGACUUCACAAAUUAUCGUUUAGAGGUGACUAAGGAUCCUCACUCAAAAACCUCCGACACCGAUGUGCAACGCAAAGUCUUUACGUAUACGAUGAUGUUCGCGGGCGGUGUACUUGUUACCACAUCAGCUAAGUUCGCUGUUAGGACGUUUAUCAAACCUUUGGGACCUUCAGCCAGAACAAUGGCGGAGGCCUCCACAGAAGUUAACCUUGCUGCCAUUCCGGAAGGAAAAAAUAUCACAGUCAAAUGGCGAAAUAAACCAUUAUUCAUCCGUCACAGAACAGCAGAUGAAGUUGCACGUGAGCGCGCAGUUCCUCUAACCGCCUUAAGGCAUCCUCAGCGAGAUGAAGAUCGCGUAAAAGAAGACAAAUGGCUCAUUUGUCUGGGAGUAUGUACUCAUUUGGGCUGUAUUCCAAUAGCACAUGCCGGUGAUUUUCCAGGAGGAUACUACUGUCCGUGUCACGGUAGUCACUAUGAUGCUUCUGGUCGCAUCAGAAAAGGUCCUGCUCCACUAAAUUUGGAAGUACCUGAAUACAAGUUUUUGGACGAGAAUACCGUUAUUGUUGGCUGA